AUGCCUCCCGACGCGCUCAAGUACAGGAUCCCUCUGACCAUCGCGCAAGCGCAGAACGCAGGGGCGCUCGACGACUUGCUUCGCUUCAUGAUCGUCGGCAAGAAUCUCGAGAACUUUAGCUGGGACGCGUUACCCAAGGCCGUUCGGAACGCGAAGACAUUCUCUUUCGAAGGCCUACUCAAAAUAGUCAGAGCGGAGCAGGGCCCAAAAGCUCAGCUUGCUGAAAUAGUCGAUGGAGUGCAGACCCAUCUUCGGGCCACCGACUCCUCAGCAAGAGGCACCACAGCAAGCUCGAACGAGAACGUACCGAGACCUAUCGCGGAUGCGCUCUUUGCGGCAUGGAAGCCUCGGAUAAAGGAUGACUGGGUCUUCAUGUUCCCUGUGGACCGCGAUCCAGACUCAACCUCGGUCUCGCGCGCGACCUGCGAUACCAGAGUCACGGCUGCCUGCAAUAUCGCGCUCAAGACUGCCUCCCAAAGAUUGAAGGCUCUCGACAUCGUGACUUUCGAGAUCGACCCGCGUACAUCUUACGCGGACUAUAUCGAGGCGGGGAUCGAUCCGGACGUGUUACUCCAGGAGGAGAAGUUCGCGCCGUGGCGCAUGGUCCUGGGUCCGGGUACGGCGAUAAGGAAAGCCUGUCCAGCCUGCUGGAAUACCCGUACUGAUACUUUGGAGGCGGUAUCGGCAUUCACAUCCCCCACUGUUCUGUGCGAGUCAUUGGACCUAUACGAGGAGCUCUUUGCGCUAUGUGGUACCUGGACAUCGUCCCAGACCUGCCCACAUCCUCGGCAUGAAGAGCGUACCCGGUCGAAAAGCGGGCGCCGAGCCCCACGCGGAAGUCUCGUAUCCGUCACCGACAUCACCGGGUUCGCCCAAAAUUUUCGUCCCCCACCCAGUCCACCUUCUAGCCGAGACCCGUCCACCGGCCCAAUGGACGUCGACGCCGAAGCCGGCCCAUCCUACUCAUCCGAAACCCAUUCCCAGACCACACUCCCACUCCCCCGCCUCAUCCUAAAAUUUCCCGCGCCUUUCCGACCCAAACCAGUCCGAACCCGUAAACUCGACCCAGCCGCCCACCGCCAGAUCAUCCAUGCCCGAGUCAUCAUCAAGGCCCGGAGGUUGACGCGGGAUCUGCGCGAAGAGGUCGCGGACGUGCGGCAGCAGUCGGAGUUGGUUCACCUCGAACUGGAACGGAGCAAGGCCGAGACCCAGCUCGUCCAGGCGCAACGUUCUCAGGCGACAGCUCAGCUGAACAAAGCGCAGGCCACCAUGGAGCAGUACAAUACUGUCAUGCUGGCCUGGCGAAAGCUGAGGGAGGAUACCUUGGCCCAGGUGGCGGAGACGGAAGUGGCACUGCGGAAGGAGAUCGAGGAUCGUCACGCGGAUGCCGCAUUGGCCGAGGCAGGACAAACGCGCUUGGCGGAGCAGGUCCAGAUCCUUGAGGAGCAGCUCCGGCAGGCCGAGGAGCGCGCAAAGGAGGUGGUGGGGCCAAAUCAGGCCGAGGUGGACGCCCAGAUGGAAGAGUUGCGGUCGAAACACGUCGAAGCGCUCGAAGCGGGACGGCGGAACAAGGACCGGCAAGCAAGUCGAAUACGGACAUUGAACGACCGGAUCGACAAGCUAGAGGCGGCGGAGAGGGAGCUGGCUGCUCUCAAGCAGGCGGCUGGUGAUAGCGCCAAGACCGCUACGGAGAUCCGAGAGGAGCUCGAAUCCGCCAAGACGAGGGAGACUGCGCUUCUCACCCGCAUUUCUCUACACAGCGGGGAGAAGAGGGCGAUUCGGAAGGAGGCCGAGGAUAAACUGUCCUCAGUACGCCUUGAACAUGAGCUCGCUUUGCAAGCGGCACAGCAAAAUACGGCGGCGCAGCUCGAACGGGAUCGGCAGCUCAGCGACCAGGUGGCCACCCUUAACACUCAACUCACAAAUAUGAAAACCCACUACGAAACCCAGCUCUGGCUGCAGGACCAAGCUGCCCUUCAGUCGAUCGGCGCUUUUCAGGCGGACAACGAGGUGCUGCGGGCAAAGAUUGCAUCAGCUGGGGCUAGCGAUGCGGCGGAAAUCCAGGAGGCUCGUGCGAGGAUAAAGGACCUAGAGGCGGAGCUGGACGACAUGUGGGCCAAGCACCGACAAAAUCAGUCGGAGCUGGGCCGUCUGCAGCGGCAGAGCCAGAAGCCCGCAGCGCAGGGCGGACCCACGUCGGGAGAGGUGCAAGUGUCCAGGCAGGCGAUGAUUUUCAAUGCCAAGCAAGGAACUCACGCCGACGGUCUGGCUGUCGGUAUCCCUGUCAUCCAGUCAGGGUGGCCAACUCCCAUCCCCACUCCGCCGGCAACGGCCAUACCGAGCAGCACGCAGCAAUACGCAUAUGCCAAACCCACCUGGGCGGCGAUGCCGGGCGCCAGCCAGGUACAGGUUCAGCCACAGCCGCAGCCUCGGUCAACUCCUCAGGCCAAGGCUCCGCCAAAAUCGCAGAAUCAGCAGCUUACUUGGGUUCAAGUGAGCCCAGCCCCUAAGGCGGUCAAGGUGGAACAGCCAUAG